UCGAGGUGAAAUAAAAAAUAUUUGUGAAUUUAUGGUUACUCUGUAACUUUUAAUUAAUGCAUUGUAAAUGAAGUUGGAACAAUAGCUUCAGAAUUCCAAAUUAUCUUUCCAACGAGAUAUAAUACGCUCUAAACGGAAGAACGUCCAACAUGAUAUGAGUUACACCAUAACAGUGUCACAAAUACACACGAAAAAAAAUGGAGAGAGAGAAUCUCCUCCUUCUCUCUAGAAAUUCAACUCCAGAAUAAUCUAGUCUAUGGAUUUCCGGCACCCUCCAAUCUGCCGGCAUGAACAAUUUUUAUUCGAUGAUAUAUGCUACUUGAACAACGAUGGGGAUUUUCACUACCGGCAUCCCCAAUCCAAGGUUGGGGAUAGCAGAUUCAAGAGGCCAGGUGGUUUUUCUACAAGAACAGGUAUAAGCCAUUAUCCAGCUUCUAAUUACCGGCGAGGCACAUGGAGUGAAGGAUAUCAUCCGUUGUACACUGAACACGAAGUCCGCGCAAAUACAGCUUCUCAUCACUACGGCAGGUACUACAAAUGCUCAAACAAUUUUAAAACCGCAAAGGAUUAUGCGAGAGGGCUCCACCUUAGAAGAGAGCCUCAAUCCCACCGCCUAAUGGCAGGGGAGCCAUCAAACGGCUGGAGAAUUUCUAGACUCAAGAAAACCACUGGACUCAUGGAAAUCUCAAUCGCAAUCCCAUCUGUGAUUAUCGGAGAAGCAGAAAAGUAGAUUUUGUGGGAGAAAGGGAAAACCCAACGGACCGAAUAUCUACAAUCAGACUUAUCGGCAAAACUUGUGGAAGGCCGACAUCGCCGAUGGCCGGUAACCGAGCAACUAAAGUAUCUCCCAAUCAACAAACGGUGGAAAUUGAAGCGCUGCAAGGUCCACCAGAUACGGAGAAUGGGGCAAAGCCAGUCCAGCCUACGGCCGGUAGCAAUCUCGUGGGGCGAAGCUAGCCUAGAUUACGGCCGGUUGCAGUCUCGUGGGGGCGAAGCCAGUCCAGCUUACGGCCGGUAGCAGUCUAAUGGGAGCUCGGUCAUCUCGUACACCAUCAGGCCGCACAUGGGCUGACCUGCUGAAGAUCGCUACAGACAAGAGGAGUGCCGACCAAGAAAGGGACGGGUCUGAAUCUGUCGCCAUGGUGAAUUUUAAUUCCAACUCUACUCCCACAUGGGCUAUAAUUUCCCACAAAGAAUGACCAAGUAAAUCCGGAGUAAAUACUCCUAGCUCCUCUACACAUCUGCUUAAGACGGAAAUAAAUCAGGCUUAUCUGGAUGCUCAACCCAUUGUGGGAGAAAAAUCAUCCUUUGAAUUAAUUCAGGCACGGACGGAUGAUUCAACCAAGGCAAACGAAGUUUUUAACUUCUUUGGAGAGGAGGGAUUUGAUUCUGUCAACAUUGAAUCAAUAUCCUUUAGAUUCGCUGACAGGCAAAAUGAAAUUGUCAUAUUUGAAAUUAAAAAAUCCUCGAUGCAUAGGAUUAAUUUCAAAAAAGAGCAAGCACCUGACAUCUACAAAUUUAUGAAUCAACUCAUCGUAUCAAUAACGGUCUCUUCACGGUCUCUUCAAAUUUCAACAAGUCAGGUUUAUAUCUCAAGAUUGUUAAGGAAAAAGGAAGCUUCAUUCUAAUCUCCAUGGGCCCAAAGAAAUCCAAUUUAAAAAAAAUUAUGACAAUAUUCUCUAAUUUUGUUGGACUAACUACUUUAGUGCAGGAGCGAGCAAUGGAUUGUAUACAACAAACCGUAUUAGUUCCUGAGGAGCCAAAAUCAAUAUCGAAACUAAUUUUUGAUUACCAAAUUCAAGGAGCCUACUCAGAGAAACAAAAGUCUCCAACUCCAGUAGAACGUCUCAUGCUUGUUCAGGCUUACUCAGACGCAUCAGACAAUUAUUAUCAAUCAGAUGAUUCUUCUUUCAUGGACAACUUUCUGGGACAUGCCACUGAAAGCGAUCGUCGUCCCCCCUAUCUCAACUCCAACAGAGAUUAGGAAAUCAAAAUUCAACAAAGCGAUCUGCAGGAAAUCAACGUUUGUUACCUCAGGAAAUUGCUUGCCAACGGAAAAUUUAAACACGCAGCUCAAAAUCUACAGGAAAACGCAAAAGAAUAUAAGGCGGCACAACAUGACUACUAGGUCUCAGUCAAGAGAAUUUCCUUGGGUGUAGUUUUAGUCUUUUCUUUCCCUGUAUUGUUUUAUUUUCUUUUUUCCUUCUCUAUUUUUAUGUAAUGUUUCCUUUUCUUUUCAAUAAAAUUAUCUUUUCUUAAAAAAAGAGAGUUACACAAUUAC